ACAUUUUGACUUGGCUUUAUUAUUUGUGUUAGGAAGGAAAGACGAAGAGAAUUUUUAAGGAGACUUGGGGACUUGGGAAAAAAUAGACAGAUUGGAAAGAGCCAGAAGAAAAACAACACAGUGCUGAGUCUGCAGAACGGACGGCUUUUUUAUUUCGACAUAAAGAGUCUGGCAGUGAUUAAGUCACCAUGACAACAGAACUGCAGGAAAUUGCCAUUACUGAGGAGAAGCCUUUACUCCCAGGGCAGAUGGACCCAGUGAAGGAAGCAGAACUUGCUGCCAGAAUUCUGCUGGAUCAAGGGCAGGAGCACAGCAUUGAGACCCCCUAUGGUAUGAUCCAUGUAACCAUUCACGGCACCCCAAAAAGCCGACGCCCUGCCAUUUUGACCUAUCACGAUGUUGGACUGAACCAUAAGAACUGUUUUGAAACCCUGUUUAAGUUUGAAGAAAUGUAUGAAAUUACCAAAAAUUUUCUGGUAUGCCACAUUGAUGCCCCAGGACAGGAAGAGGGGGCUGCAGCAUUCCCAUCUGGCUAUCUGUAUCCCUCCAUGGAUCAACUGGCAGAAAUGAUCCCUUGUGUUCUGCAGUAUUUCAAUUUCCGCAGUAUAAUUGGAGUUGGAGUUGGAGCUGGGUCUUAUGUCCUUGCCAGGCACAUGCUGAACAGCCCUGACACGGUCGAAGGACUGGUUCUGAUUAACAUGGAUGCAAAUGCCAAAGGAUGGAUGGACUGGGCAGCACAUAAGCUGACGACUCUCACCUCGACGCUUACCGACAAGCUUCUUGCUCACCUUUUCAGUCAGGAAGAACUGUCCAACAGUACAGAGCUGGUGCAGACUUACAAAGAAAACAUCUCGCAUGCCCCCAACAUGUACAAUAUAGAACUUUUCUGGAAGAGCUACAACAGUCGUCGGGACCUUAAUAUCGAUAGAGGAAGCUCUUUAAAAUGCCCAGUCCUGCUAGUGGUAGGAGACCAAGCUCCUCAUGAGGAUGCUGUGGUGGAAUGCAAUGCCAAACUUGAUCCUACACAGACUUCCUUCCUCAAGAUGGCUGAUUCUGGUGGACUUCCUCAGCUCACACAGCCUGGCAAGCUUACUGAAGCCUUCAAAUAUUUUGUGCAGGGAAUGGGAUACAUGGCUUCUGCCUGUAUGACACGCCUGUCUCGAUCCCGCACAGCCUCCCUGUCCAGCUCCUAUUCUAUUGAUGGAACACGAUCUCGUUCCCGCACCCUGUCCCAGGGCAGUGAGGCCGGCCAGGUGGCUUCAAGCCCCUCCCAGACCAUGGAGGUUUCCUGUUAGAGAGGACCCCCUCCUGGACACUGCCAGGAACUGCAGUGAGUCCUCCUCGGAUCUGAUCUACUGUACCAACGUGACAAUGUUAGCCAUCUCAAAGGAAGGAAACUGCAUUACUACACAAGAGUUACUCACAAGAGGCAUUUUAAAGAUCAACGAUCAAAGAAAUGUUAUUUUUUAUUGUUUCUCUUUUGUUUGUUUUUAUUUUCUUUUUUGUUUGUUUAUUUUUGGGUGUUAAUAGCUCUGUGUGGACUUCAGAAUAGGUCUGGACAGAUUGACCAUUCAGUGAUACACAUUAUAUGACAUUUUUAUGAGGAUGACAAAGCUUCUUAUUUGUAGACUCCGACUCCUAUUCAUCCCUAAUCAGGCAGACAUUUUCUUUUAAAACCAUUGCCUUUCUUGAUGAAUACAUACUCUGAGUCUGAGUUUAUUUUUAAUAGAUGAAGUAACUGAUUGAUUGAUUGAUUGAUUGAAUAAUUAAUGGAGGUACUGCACUUACGUUUGCUGCCUCACAAAUCUACAGCCCAUGAUUCAAAGCCCGGCUUGAUCACCGUCUCUUUAGAGUUUGCAUGUUCUCCCUCUGUGCAUGUGGGUGUUUUUCCGGGUGGUCCUUUUUUUUUCUUUUUCUAAAUCCCAUAAAUGUGCAUGUUAACCGAACUGGCCUGGUGUGAGUAGAUUGCCCUGCAUUGGACUUGUGUCUUGGUUCAGGGUCGACUCCUACCUAGCGCUUAGUAAUCUAAAUAUGCUACGUUCCCCUGUUCAGAAAAUUAAAUUAAGCAAUCAAUCAAUUAAAUAAUUUUCCAGGCAUAAAAGAAAGUAAAUUUUACAAAGUCUCCAGUUAAAAAAAAAAAAAAUGCAGACCUAUUCUAAAUUUUGCCACAAGAGUUUUAAACACUUUUUUUAUAACAACAAUAAUAAUAUUGGUAGUGAUUAAAAUUAAAUAAUAAAAAUAAUAAUGAUUAAAUAUUAUAACUAUAAUAAUUAAUAAAAUGUAAUUUUCAUGCUCCUUGCUCUUUUUAAAUCUAACUUUUUUGGCAACAAAAUGGUGCAUAUACAUACGUAAAUAUAUAUAUAUUUUUUCAACCAGAAAUGUGGCAUGUUCAUUUACAUUAACUUUACUUUUAUUGUUUGUUUCUUGGAAGCAUUCGGCCCUUUUUUAUUUCCCCUAUUUAUCUCUCUCACUCUCUGUUUCUCUCGCUCUCCCACAUUCUGUCUCUAUAAAUGCAUGCCAUGUUAUUUCUUUUUUUUUUUUAUUAAUCCAGGCAUAAUUAACAUAAAGUUAAAAAUGAAGCAUAGAACUGGGGUUUUGGUUUUUGACAUUGGACUAUUAAAAAUAAAACCUAAAUGAUUAGUGCUUCCAUUAUAUUUUGUAUGCUUAUUACAAGGGGGAGAUCAAGUGUAGAGCAACUUUGUGUCAUUUUUAUAUAUGUGUCUACAUAUAGUCUUCUCCCCAUGGUCUGGUUUGUCUGUCUGUACGUUUGCUCACCGAAUUUGGCCUUUAAGGGGAGCUGCCAGUGGAGGGGGGGGGGAGCAUUCUAAGGUAUUGGAUUAAAAAACCACGCAUGUGACACAGUCAGAUCACAGGUCAAAGAAGAUCCAACUCCUUAUAAAAUCCGGGCUUCUUUAUUUUAGUUUAGAAAAUGUUUUCCUGUUGUGGCAUGGAAACAUGUACAUUGAAGGCAGUUUUUCGAAUUUUUGCGGCUCACCUCUUCUUCUAUGGAGUUUCCAGUUUUGAGGAUAUGUUCAACAAGGCUCACUAGCCUGUAAAUGUCCCCUUCAAAUGUAUAGUCAAAAUGCAGCAGUCGGGACUAAUCAAUCUUUAUUUUAUCCAGCACACACUUUCAAAGUUUAACUAAGUGAAUAAUCAUGAGGAGAUGAACACGUAUAAACAACAGGGUAACAUUUGAAGGCCACUUCAUUUCAGACCACCAUGCAGAUGCGCCUAUGGCAGAUCACCUGCUGUUUUCGUGCAGCUUUUUAUUUCUGUUCAUAUUCUGUUGGUAUUUAAAGGAUUUUUUAAAAUUUGUUUAUAUUUCUGUUAGAUAAUCAAAUAAUGAGUCUCUGCUCUUUUCCUCCCUUCUUACUCAUUACUUUUUAGGCUGUAUCUUUUAAGAGCCCCAUUGGUGGGUUAAAUGGAGCGCUCCACUUUACACACUCUUAAUUUGUCAUCAUCAGCAUCACUUUUGCUUUCUUCCUUUCACAAAUCCAUCUUAACAAGAGAAUCGAUGAAGGCAAGCAAUUUUAGGAAAUGAAUUGCCAUAUGUAGGUGAGAAGUGGUCCAAAGUGAUUGUCUGCACUUUAACUGCACCGAGAACCUUUAGCAGACUACUUUCUAAUUGUAUUUUUCUUAACUUUCAAUACAGAACUAUAAUAUUAAACUUUGUAUUCACCUGAUUCAUGUUAUUACUUUUUCCUUAUUAUCCCCAUCUAAUGUAGAACGUCACUUUCUCUGGUCCACCAUAUGAGCAUUUCCUUUCCAUGCAAGUUUUUAUUUUUUCUUCCUUAUUGUUUCUGACAAUAGAGCUACAACAAGCUAACAAAAUCCAUAUAUUUGUUUUUAAUAAUCCAAUAACCUGAAGCAGAUUUUCAACACAAAUCCUGACAUUCAUUAUAGCAAACCAGAGAUAACACUUUGAAAUUUGAGACAUGUCAAUGUCAGUACUUAUGUGUAACUUAUAACCUUGUUCUGAAAAAUGUCCUGCUGUGACUGUACAUACUCGACAAAUAUACAGUAUGUGUGUAGCCCCUUUCUUGUGAAAUUGAACCUCGUUACUAAAAGAGGACCAGAAAACUCAUGAUCUAAAAGUUACUAAUAUUAAUAAAUGAAACUUAACAGUUUAAUAUUGGAAUGUGUCUUGAAUCUUAUUGUUUAAGAAAUGCACCAUUUCUUUCUACUUACAUUCUAUCCGCUUGACUUAAUGAUAGCUUAUGAUUGCAACGAACAAAACAGUCUACAUAGUACCAACAGGUAUUUCUGGAGAUGUCCUGAGACAUUCAACACAUAUCAUUUUUCCCGUGUGUUCUGGGUGGGCCUGUAGGAAUUCUCCAAGUAGAGUGUUCCCAAUACACUUCCGAUGGCAGGUAUCAAUGGGACAUCCUCAUUAUAUACCCAAAUCACUUCAGCUAGCUAAAUAUGGAGAGGUAGUAAUUCUCCUAAGUCUGUCUCAAAAGUGUUAGCCCAGCAGCUCAGCCCCAAAAUGCAAUGUGAAGUCAGCGAUGUAGGCUCCCCAUCGGUAAGGCACUAGGUGGUGGGCACAUGUGAUGGCUUAAGCAAAAUGGACUUAGGCAUGCUAGACAUUAACAAUGGUAACCUGCUUUUGGAAUGUGAAAUUUAAAUGAAUGCUUGCUUUCACUCGUCACUUGUAUAUUUUUGAUUUAAAGUUUGGAGUCCACCAGUGUGAACAGUCUGCAUUUAGAAUCAGUUUUCUUAUACAACUGUGCAAUCAAUUUGAAGAAAUCCUCCCAUAAUAAAAAUAUAAAGUUGCCCUUUGAGCCCCGAUGCUGUACACUAGGGACUUUUUUCGUGCUCAUUCACCAACUGAAAUAUAAAGAUGUACUGUACUGUAUGUUUUAAGAACUAAGGUAACAAAUGAGAAUAGAAUAUUCAUUUUAAUAAAAUAAGUUAUUUAAACAAAUAAAAGGAUGUAAUUUAAAUACACAUGCACCAUACCCAGACAGUAACUGAAAAUUUUUGUAUUAAAAAAACAUAGUAGUAACUGAAGAAUCCCUGUUUCUAGAUAUUUUGGUCUGAAGGUUUUAUUUGGGUCCACCAUAUUAUCUUCACUGCAUCUACUGUAGGUCUAGCUAUGCACUACAUUUAAAUGUCUAGCAUUGCAAAACCCAAUAUUGUGUUUUUCCAAUUUGUAAUUCUCAUUAAAGUAAGCCAUCUUUUGAACGGCUAGUAAGUUCAAGAUAAUGCUGCCUAAUACAGUCCCGAUAAAAGUACUAACAUAAUUGAGUUUAUAUGUUCUCAAUUUGGGUGGCCGAAGAAAAACCCAAUGCAGAUUUGACAAAAAGUUCACACGGCUGGUCUAUGCGCAGGUUCAGAGUUAUGUGAGCUGGGUGGUUUGUGUUGCUACAAGUCAUGUGGUAUGUUUCAGCUGAAUUUUGGCUGUUGAUUUUGCUUUCAGCAUUCCAUGUUUUGGCUGUCCUGGAUGUACUGAAGAACUGAUAAGGAUCUAGUGAUCACCGUUGCCGGUGUAUUAAACUGAAAGUGCUGGAAGUUCAGUCUAAUAGGCCAAAUAUACUGAAUAAGGCUUUGUGGGACGGUUAAUACAGAUAUACAAGCCAUUAACCAAAAUAUUAUUUGCACCGAUAGCAUGUGAGGUUCAAAUAAGAUUUCCAACUCUCUGAAUUGAACUGAGGCAACAUCACCUGAUGCAGGAUAUCAUGCAUGCUUAGGCCUAGUCUUAUUCUUUUCUCUUAAAAAGUGUUUUACAGUAUUAACUAUGAAACAUGGGAGUAUUGGCAAACCUACCAUGAUCCUGAUGGCCUUUAUAAUUUGAACAGGAAACAAGAAAUAAUUUACUCAGAAGACACUUAUAGAUUCUUGUUGAAUUCUGUAGCACAGCGGUUCUCAAACUGGGGUCUGAAGUGGCUUCGGUGGACCGUGAGAAACGAUUGCAUAUUUAUACUAUUUAUACUUUUAUAAUUAUUAACCUUUACCAUCCGAGGGGAAGUAAGUGACUGAGCUCUGUCGUUACCCCCACCACCUAGACCCGACCACUAAUCCGCUGUUCCAUUAUUCGCUGCCACGCAUUGUUUUCUCACCGUUAUCACUCGGCACAAACCAGCCCUUAUUAUUUUUAUCAUAAUCAAAAAUUAUCGAUUCUUUCGCAGAAUCAAAACAUUCGCGAACUGUUUUUGUAUAUUUUAGAAGCAAAUAAGAGCACUAAAGGUGGAUACAGAUAAACAACAUAUUUUACAUUUUUUUUUUGGUUUUAAGUGGUGAAAUUGCCCGCUCAACGCAAAUGAAGUAAAAAUGUUCAUAAUGCGACAAAUUCAAAAUAAAGCGAUUGCUAAGAGGCGGUUUAAAAAAAUCAACGAAGAAAGAAGUCUUGAUGAUCUGGUCGUUCCAUUGAUUUUGUUUUGAAUAUAAUUUUGCAUGUUGGAUGUUGCAAAGAUGGCUCUAAGAGUGCUGAUUCCAUUCACAACCACCUAUGAGUGCGAGACGGCUUUUUCCACACUACUUACUAUCAAAACAAAAUCUCAAAACAGAUUAGACGUGACAAAUGAUAUGAGAGUUGCGCUGGCCAAAACAAAGCCAAACACAGAAGAACUGGUUAAGGCAAAGCAGAUGCAUCCAUCCCAUUCAAAUUUUAACUAAUAUUUUCUGAGUAAAUAAUUGUUUGUCAAAAAAUGUUUUAUUCACAGCAGCCUGCAGUGCCGCAUAGUGGGUAUGUGGCACCCUUGUGCAAAGUAUUUGGUGCCCCCAAUUUUCUUGAAAUAAUAUUGAUUUUUUAAUUUUUAAUAAAAGGGUCUGCGAGCCAUCGAACAAUUUUUAAAGGGACCGCCACGCAAGAAAUUAUGAAGACGUUUGAGAACCGCUGCUGUAGCAUAUUGCCAUUGCAAAGUUCAAGUCCUACGUCAUGUUGUAACAAACUAAUGUUGAAGAACAUAGCUGUUUUCCCAGUGGAAAAUAAAGGAAACUCCAGUUUCAUCUCAUCACACACGGUAUUAAUAUUGAGACAAAAGCACUGCAAAAUUCUUGUUACCUUUAUUUAAAUAAGAUAUCGUUCAAAAUGGCACUCUCACAUCUGAAAAGCAGACUCUGCACUAGCAGAAAAAUGCUUAGCUGAUGAUGAAGAAUGAUGAUCUGAGAUGUUGAAGGAAAUCAGGAAAACUUGAGAGUUUCCUCCAGGCGUGGUUCCCUCCAACUUAUUCUGAGUUUUGUCUCAGAGUUUCAAUCCAACCUUAAUGCUGUAGUGUGAAAUGUGAAAUUUGUGGCCAACAACUUGAUUGACAUACCUGGGGAGAACACUAGUCUGUGUGGUUUAUUAGGAUGAAGAUGUGUGCUUUGCCAUAAUGUAUUGUGAUGUCCUGUGUUGUCUUGUCUGUCUUUGAAUGCCACCCCCCAACACUACCCCCACCACCCCACACAUAAUGUUUUUGUUGUUUUUCUAUUAGAUACAAUUGCAGGAGAGCUGAUUCAGACUGUAAAGAGGGAGACAUUUGACUUUGUGAAAGUAAUGUUGCUACUAAAACAUUAAUUUUGCAGUUUUAUCACUAAGGGCUAAAUAUACAUUUUCCUGUUUAAUUCUGUGGCAAGAAAUGUUAGGUUUGAAAGCCAUCAAGGAGAUACAGUAUAGUAUGUAUUAAUAGUAUUAUUUCUAAAUGGAAAGCUGGGACUCCCGUGGAGCUCAUUUUAACAUUGUUCAUGUUUUAACAUUGACAUGCUGGACUUGUAGGAAGCUUACAACCAGUAAACUAUUGCCAGUUAUCUUAAUGUCAGGUGGCAACUGAGGGGUGUUUCGCCCUUUUUGGUGAUUUGCAACAGCCUGUUUAUUAGAACGGAAAUAAGGAAUUGUUACAGAAUUUUUUUUUUGUUUCUAUAAUUCAUUAACUGUGUGGAAAGAAAACUGUAAUGAGAAUUUACAAUACUUUGCUGUCUUUACACUUAAAAACACAACAAAUAUAUUAACAAGAACAACAAAUUCCUAAACAUGGUUAUAGUUCUUUGCAGUAUGUUCAACAUCACAAAAGCAUAUUUGUUUAUUUAGAAUAUUUGAAGAAUUCUUUAAAUCCUGAUAUUACUGUUGCAGGCUCAAUGUCAAUGUUGUAGACUCCCUAAUGCUACUUUUACUUUUGUCUGUGUGUGUUUAUAAUGAUUGCAUUAAUUGGGUGAUAAAAUGUAUAUUUUACUCUGAAAUGUUCUGAUUACAGUCUUAUCUUUGAAAUAAAAUUUAGCUUUAUGAAAAGCUUAAUUAGGGAUGGUGCUACCACACAGCUUCAGGGACCUUGAUUCCCAGCCAAGUAGCUGCCUGUGUGGAGUUUGCAUGUUUUCUGCUCUGAUUUCCUCCCACAUCCCAAAGACAUGCUUGUUACAUUUGCUGAUGACCUUAAGUGGCCCGGUAUGAUUGAGGGUUGUAGUAAGUAGUAGACUGGUGUUUCAUUUAGGCUUAGCUACUGCUUUGUGCCCAGUUUGGCUGUGAUAGUGUGUUUAGAAAGUAGAGUGACAUACUUUAGUAUCUGAUUGUUGUGCUUUGUCAUUAAUGUUCCAUAUGACUACACAAUUCAGACAUGACAGGAAAUUACUUCAUGGUAAUUUCUUGAGGCCGAUUUCAUUAUUAAACAUUGAGAUAAAAUAACAUUUAUAUAGUAACUACAGUACAUUUGAAAGUAUAAGCUGGAAUUUUGUGAAUUUAAAUAAUUGAGAUUCCAAAAAUAAAGGCUCCAGACAGUUUUUUUUUCUAGACAGAAUAAGUAAUAUUUCCAUUUUCAGAAAGUCAGUACAAUUUGGUUCCACGGGUAUAGUCUUAGGCAAGAUCAUCUGCAUUAUGGAAAGUUAUCUUUCAUAUGUCAUCACGCCUAUGACAUUGGCGAUUUACACAGUUGUUUAUGGUGCAUCAUAUUGGAGGCAGAUGAAUACAGUAUCCAUCAGUAAUCUACACGAUCUAUAAAACAUGGACAUUUUUAUAAAUAAAUAUUGCGAGAGCAUCCAACUCCACCCUUUAAACUUUUGUAUGUCCACACUGCUACAUUUUUGUUUAAAAACAGUCAUUACUCUCCGUUUUCGCCUUACGUCCACACUCCCCAGCGUUUUCAAAACCCCCUCCAGCACCAUAUACUUCUAAAAAUGCCAGCUUAGCAUUACAACGUGAAUGGCUGAAAACACAGACUCCGAUUGCACAUUGAUUUGUUUGUGCUUGUUAUGUAGCCUUUUCCCCAAUUGGAUCCUGUCCAUUACAACAACUCACUCCCUGAUGGAUCACCUUUCUUUGAAGAAAACCAUAUUCCAACAUAGGGGACAAAGAAAGGUUACUUUCCAUGGUUCUUGUUGUCCUGCAUACCUGUAUGCACCUAAAUUGAAUUUUGUACAUUUUGAAUGCUGCAUACAUCCACAAAAGGCAAAUACUUUACUAGGCAAUAUAGUUUUGUAAUACAUGCCAUGGCCAGCAGCAGUUCCAUCCCUUCAAGGAUUUUUCUGCCUUUGCGGGCAUGUCCAAUAUAGGCGAACAUCUGCGUGGUAUGCAGUUUUGGUCCUUUUUAUAUGGCCCUUAAGUAUUAUUAUGCUUUUCAUAAACGAUGUGAAAACGCUAGGGUGGACAAAGAUAAUUUUUGUUUAAAACCACGGUUGUUAAAUGAAAAUGUAGUAGUGUGGAUGUAACCUUAAUUAAAUGAGCAGCAUAUCUGUCCAUUAGAAAUCUCUUCAUAAUGGCAUGGGUUACGCUGCAGAUAUUUUACGAUUACGAUGUACAAAAAGGUGUCACUUAGUUUCAGCUUCAAAUAAAUUUAAUUUAUGAGUUGUUGUCUUAUCUUUCUGAUUUAAAGCAUGUUUCUAAUCCUUUCUUUUUUAUUUGAAUUUAGAGUAUUUUCUCAAUAUUUAUUGAUUAAAAGCAUUUUAACUAAAAAGAAUAGGCACAUGUAGAAUGUAUACAGUGAGAAUUGGAUAAAAAAAAUCUACAACCUUAAAUUGUUCACAUACUCAUUGAUUCAUUUUUCUUCAUCAAUACAAUUAUAAGCCAUGUUUCCAAACAAUUCUGUGAACAAUUACUCAGCCUAUGAGAACAUGUAAUAUAUUUUAUUCAUGGAAAAUCAAUUGCUUUAAGAAAACAAGAAAGGCAGUUCUAAGCAACAAUGCUCUAUUGUGAUGAGCUUCUCAAGCCUUUCAGAGCAGAAGAUUUAACCUUCACAGUUCUACUUUCUUUAAGACUAAGGCUGAAUUCUUAAUGACUAGCAUAAAGUAUUCACUAAAUCUGUCCAGUCUAAGAAGUUUAGUGAAGUUAGAAGCAAAGAAAAAUUAGGGUCAGAUAGUCAGAACAAUUCAAAUGCCGUCUGUGUGACUGCAUUGGAACAUAUUAAUUCACGCUCACCUACAGUAUUUAGUUUGCAUUAUUAUUAUUAACCCCAUUUCUAGCAUUGAGAUUAAUGUGGACUGGGGUGUCAGCCAUUCUUUACAUUUCCACCUUUCAAAAUUCUGACAUUUUUUUUCUUUUUCUUUGCUUACUACAUCAGUGUGAUCGCUGAAGUGCCUUAUACUGAUUAAGAAGCUGCUUGAUCUGUGAAAUGAAUACAACAGUAGAUCCAAUCACGUAACAGCAGUACAAAUAUCAAAUAAUUAAUAGGUAAUAAAAAUUAUGUACAUGAGGACAUUUCUUUGAAACAAUCAUAAUAUUUAAUUUGCACUUUCAAGAUAUUUUUCAUAUAUACUGAAAUUGAACAUCACCCAAUUGAAAAAGGGGAUAUUACUGUUAAGGUCACAUUCAAACAGAAAUACCAAUCAAAUGAUCAAAAGCCAUCAAAAUUGUAUACCAAAGAAAAUUAAGCAGAAGGGGCAUUUGUCUGGAAUAUUUUAGGUGUGUAAAAGCAAAGAAUAUAUCUACAAAUAUUCCAAAACACGCAAAUUGUUUUUCUCUUACUGAUGGAUUGGCACUCGAUUAUAAGUGCUUCAAACAUUUUUUCCUUUAUACAUAUGCACAGUGUUACCUAUUUUUGCCCUGAAUUUGCUUAAUGUCCUUUUCCUAAUAAUUGUCAGGAGCCUAAAAAACAGAAUGAGAUACAGGGAUGUGGUAUUGAGUGGGCAUGGGAUGGCCAAUGCCGACCCAAAGCGUCAUCUGUUCACUCAAUGAGAAAGAAAAAUCAGCAAAUAUAAAGUUUUACAUUUUUUUAGCAUUUAUUGACCACCCCUGGAUUGACAUCCUAGUAACGCCACCAAGGGGUUGGCACAGUGACACGUUUAUCGACCCUGCUUCACAGCUCUGGAGACUUCGGUUUCAUUCUACAAACAAGGUUUACGGUUUGUGUGGAGGUCUCUGACAUCUGCAAGGUUUUUUUCCAGGUACAUUUCCAGCUGCAUCCUCAAGAGGUGAAUACUCAUGUAAAGACCCUAUAUAUACACGAGCAUAUCCUCCCAUCCACACAUAGGGAAUACCUUACACCCAGUGCUGCUAGACUAGGCCCAGGCUCCCUAUCAGGAGUAAAAUGAAAGAAUCAGUUAAUUUAAUCAUUUAUUUAAACAUAUUUUGAAGGGAACCUUGUCCCAUUUUUACACAUAGACUUAUAUUUCUUAGAGACUCCAUACUGCUUUAUACUAUAUUUUAAUAAGCUUAAGUUGCAUCUCUCCAUUCCAUAAUAGCCCAUUCAAUAUCAAAAACCAUCUUGUCUUAUAAGCACAUUCUUCCCAUUCCCUUGGCUGUAUUAGACAUUGGAAAUUAACUUCUGACACAAUGUUUGUUCAGAACCUUACAUUUUAUGUUUGCUUAUGUACUGUAUUUCAGACAUAGAAGGUAAUGAUAUUUCAAACAAAAUUUUCAAUAUGGCUGUAUUAUUUGGAUUUGAUGACAGUAACUAAUACAUCAAUGCACAAAUUUUAAUACGGCUGAAUCAUUUGGAUCUGAUGACAUCCAUUAAUAUAUCAGUACACAGCUUUCAAUGUGGCUGUAUUGCUUGGAUUUGAUGACAGCAAUAUAAAGUAGCACUGCUACAAACUAGCUGUGGAAAUGAACAGAUAGCUGCCCUUUUCAAAUAUUUAUUCUUUAUUGACGAGUGACAAUUAAAUAACUUUUUUCCAAAACAUAACACGGAUAUUUAAUACAUCAUAUACAGCACAGUACACUGAGACAUAUGCAUGUUUUAUUUCACUUAAGAAGAGAAAAAUGCUAAGAAUGAAAAAUUAAAUAAAAAAGCAGCCUCACUCUAGUUACGACAACAGCAAAUGAAGGCAGGUAAAACUAACGGCCAGUUGUUAGUUCUGUUAUCUGUGUGCUUCCUGGAAAGAAGAGAUGAGAUAUUCAUUAGAAAGUGCUAUUUUGAUUGGGGAGCUGUAGGCUCAUACACAUUGUAAAAGUUAAUAUGUGCGGGAUUGAGGGAACAAUAUUGAAUUAAAUGUUUAAAUAUAAUAUAGUAAUAAUUAAAUAUUGAAUUAAAUUACAUGUUGAGUGUUCCUGCAAAACUUAUCUUCUGUUCAUACUCGGAGGUUAUCACCAGCAUUGCAAAUUGUACAGAAAGGACCCCCUCCUGAGUCGAUGCAACAAGUGUCACGGCAUAAAGGCUGAGGUGUGUGGUCAUGAGAUGUUAGGGUGCGCUGCUGCCGGUGGUAGAGACCACUUCAGGACAGCCCUUAAAAGAAUCAGUUACCUUCUCUUAAUAACAUUCUCAAAUAACAACAAAGUGACUUUUACAGUUUGUUAUUCUUUUAUUAUAAAUAAACUCUUAAUAACACUGACAGUAAAACCAGGGUGCCACCUUGUAGAAACUAUUUGGGUUAUUGACUUAAAACUCCUGCCAAAUGUUACAAAACGCCUUUGGCUACAUCUACACCACUAGCUUUUCUUUUAAAAACACACACAUUAGUCUCCAUUUUCACCUUUUGUCUACACAACUGCUGUGUUUUUAACUUCUGAAAAAUGAGACUUGUGAAAGUAGAUAUUACAAUUUACAGUAGUCAAAGGGAAUUAAAAGCAGUUUGCUACUUAAUUAAUGUUAUUGUUUGAAACAUUUUCUUUUUUGUUGGAAGAAAUCAGUAGGGUUCAAAUCUUACUGUUCAUCAAUGUCUUUAAAUAGUUUAGAUAGAAAAUCCAUUAGUUUAAAAAAAUGUCAAUGAUCAUUUGCUUAAUUAUAUUGUUCUAGUAAUUAGGAGAUGAGGUGAUGUUCAUUUUUUUCUUGCUGUAUUGUGUAUUAUUUUUAUUGUGUGAUAAGAAUGUUUUAAUUCAUUUUUCAGUGUUACUGUGCAUUCCUCAUUCUAACACAUGCUUAAUUGUAUUUUUACAUUUUGCUCAGAUUUCAGUCAAACAAGGCAAGCCAUCAAAAGGGCUGUUGCUCUCAAACAGAAGACAUAAACCAAGCAGAUUUACAGAGAGGGAGAGAGGGGGAGAUCUAAAAUCAAGUUGUCAUAAUGUCAUGCUAUUGCACCUUAACGAAUGCCGUAAUGCAUAUUAGAAAUACUCCCUUUUUUAUUGUAAAUUUCGUACGAAGGAAAUAGAAAAGUUGUCUUAUUGACUAACUAUCUAAACCCAAGGCUUCCUCCCAGUUGUUGAAACAAAAAGACCUGAUUGAGUCAAAAAUGUAUAUUUCACUUGCAAUGCUGCACAUGACUACUUUUUGUCAAAUGCAUCAUUUAUAGCAAUAAGCAUCUAUCUGACAAUCCUUCCCACCUGGGUAACGUUUAGCAAAGAUGCCUCAGUUUUUUUUUGUGCUUUUCAGCAAAUUAUAUAACGAUUUCAAUGUGUAUCUGGUUCAUGGUUUCAUAAGCCUUCAAAGCAGAUGGAAUUUAUUGAGCAUCUCUUGAGAUUGUUACAAUAAUUAGUUGAGCUGUGCUUGCCGGUGAAUAAAGAAAGAAGUGUUAAAAAGUCAAGACUAUAAAUACCUCUGCAAUCUGUUUCCUUCAGAAUGACUGGAAUAUAAACACCAUUAAGCCCCUUGAUUACAUUAUAAGACUGUCAGGAAUUAAUUAAUGUGUUCAACAACAUGUUAAAAGAAUGUUAAAAUAUUUUUUUAAUCUUUAAUAAUGUAAUAUUACUCAUGACGAAUCGUUAGUUUAAACAUGUGAGAUGUGAUGUUAUAAAUUGGUGGAACUGGACAGCUGUGGAUUUCUCAAAAGUCCUCUCAGUUGCUUGUAUAUUAAUCUUAACCUGUUUUAAAUAUUUUUUUCCCUCUUUUUUUAAAUCACAAAGGAGUUUUGUGGCUGGGGUGGGGGGAGUGUGUCAUUUUUGUACCAUUUUUUGUGACUUGCAUAUCUGAAUGGAGUAACCAAUAGCAAUCAAUUUCCUGGCAACUGUGCACAUUUUAGUAUUAGCUACUAAAUGAAUCAAUUGACUGUGUGAUUAAUCUGUGUACUAAUAGCUACAAUAAAAUCUGAAAGGGAAAACAGGAUUAAGAA